CGUUCUUCUUCCGGUGUUGCUGUCUGACCGUUGACCAAUUCCUCCCUCCGGAAUCCAAGUAACCCACAAAAACAGUUUAUCAAUUCCAUCAUCUCUAUCUCCAUUUAUAUUCCACCCAGAAAGCGUGAGGUAAUGAUCUUUGGUUUGACGAGUAGGAAAGUUCUCGCCUUUUGCAUGUAAACUUCACCUUUAUGGAGAAGAUCAAGAAGGGUAGGGUUCUUCACACUCUUUUUCUUCUUCUCAUCUUCAGCUCACUGGCUUCUUCUCUGUACGAAACCCCCGAAGAGAGUGAAGAUCGUCAAAACGGCGACGUAUACGCGAGUUCGAGGUAUGAAGAGGUCCGGGUCGGAUUGGUUCUUGAUAUGGCUUCCAUGGAGGGGAAGAUUGUCAAAAGCUCUGUCUCCAUGGCGCUUUCAGACUUCUACAGCAUAAACAAUGUCUACAGAACAAGAGUCUCUGUUUUAGUCAGAGACUCCCGUGGAGAGGCUCUCCAAGCUCUUGCUUCUGCUGUGGAUCUCCUGCAAAAUUCAGAAGUGAAAGCAAUCAUUGGUGGGCAAUCGUUGUUCGAAGCAAAGCUUUUGGCAGAGCUUGGGGAGAAAACUAAAGUUCCUGUGGUUUCGGUUCAUGUUCCUAGCUCGUUAUCCUUGAAGAAAUACAGUCACUUUAUUCAAGCUACGUAUGAUCCCACGUCGGAGGCAAAGGGCAUUACCUCUCUCAUCCGUCGUCUUGACUGGACAAGUGUUGUCCUCAUCUACGAGGACGACGAUGACUGGAGAGAAAGCAUGCAACUUUUGGUGCAUCACUUCCAAGAGAAUGGCGUCCACAUUGUGCAUAGGAGCGCUUUUUCAGUCUCGUCUGGAGAAGAUUAUAUCACGGAGGAGCUGCAAAAGUUCAAUGAAUCAAGAACGAGUGUUUUUGUCGUGCACAUGUCUGAACAUCUCGCCUCUAAUCUCUUCCCAUGUGCAGCGAGUUUAGGAAUGAUGGGAGAAGGCUAUGCCUGGAUCCUCACUGCAAAAAGCAUGAAUCAUUUCCAUUACAAGGAUCUUUUUGUGAAGGAGACGAUGGACGGGGUCAUCGGUUUCAGGUCUUAUAUUCCAAUGUCAAAAGAUCUCUACAAUUUUACUUUGAGGUGGAGAAGGUCAUUGCCCAUUGACGAUGUUGGGGAAGAAGUAAAAGGUUUGAGCAUCUCUGGCAUAUGGGCGCAUGAUAUUGCUUGGAGCCUAGCUCGAGCAGCAGAGAUGUCAAGGCUGUCAAAUGCAACAGCCCACGAUCAUGGUUCUAAUGUUGCUGAAACUAGAGCAUCUUUAAAUGCAUCGGCUCUUCUUGAGGCAAUUACACAGAGUGAUCUCAAGGGUUUCAGUGGUGACAUCCGAUUCAUCGAUAAAAAGCUUUCCUCGGAAAAGUUUGAAAUCGUGAAUAUCUUAGGAACGGGUGAGAGAAGAGUGGGAUACUGGUCUUCCAGCAAUUUCAGCAAUAGAAGACUUUUGUCUUCUACCAAUGAGCUGGAGACCAUCAUCUGGCCCGGGGGGUCUUCUAAAGCUCCGAAAGGCCGUUCUCUGGAAGAUAGAGGUAAAAAAAUGCUCAGGGUUCUCGUUACCUCGAGCAACAAGUUCCCAAAACUGGUGGAGGUGAAUACUGAUCCGUUAACAGGGGUUACGAAGGCCAAGGGAUUCUGUAUAGAAGUUUUCGAGAAUGCCAUUGCCCCGUUAAAUUAUGAAGUGGAGUACAUACCUUGGCGUAAUGGAAGUAAUUACAACAAUCUUGCUUAUACAGUCUAUAGCCAGAAAGACAAGUAUGAUGCUGCUGUUGGGGACAUCACGAUUACUGAUAACAGAUCUGCAUACGUUGAUUUUACAAUGCCUUUCACCGAGAUGGGUCUUGGAGUCGUGGCAGUGAAGGACAAAAGCAUGUGGGUUUUCUUUAGGCCUCUUACCCCAUGUCUGUGGCUAACGACUGCAGUUUUCUUCGUCCUGACCGGCAGUAUAGUUUGGUUGAUAGAACGGCCUGAUAAUGAAGAGUUCCAGGGUCCAUGGUUCCAGCAGAUUGGAACUGUGCUGUGGUUCGGAUUCUCUACCCUUGUGUAUGCUCACAGGGAGAGGCUGCAAAAGAACUUGUCAAGAUUUGUGGUUCUAGUUUGGGUCUUUGCAGUGCUUAUAUUGGUUUCAAACUAUGCUGCAACCUUGACGUCAAUGAUGACGGUCCAACAGAUGCGGUUUAGGUCAAGCCAGAACUACGUCGGAUUUUUUUCUGGCUCACUUAUUGUAAAUGUGGUUCUGAGCAAUUCUACCUUCCGAGGUCCAAGAUACAGACAGUUCACUGCAUCCGACGAUUAUGGGAACGCUUUGCAGAAUGGAACUGUCUCAUUUAUCAUUGAUGAGCUCCCAUACCUCAAGGUCAUCCUUGGGGAAUAUCCCACUGACUUGUACAUGAUUAAAAGAGAAACCAUCACCAACGGCUUCGGCUUUAUGUUCCAGAAAGGUUCUCCUUUGGUUCAAAACGUGUCCCAAGAAAUUGCGAAGCUGAGGAGAACGGGGAGGCUGGAAACCAUGGAGAAAUGGUGGUUCCAGAGACAACCGGCCUACACAGCAGAGGAUACAUCUGACCCUCUGACCCUUUACAAGUUCCGUGGAUUGUUUAUGAUCACUGGAGUUUCUUUCGGUUUUGCCCUCACCUUGCUUCUAGCUUCCUGGCUCCAGAAGAGACGACUAGUCUUACAAAAAUAUGCCAACCAUCAACUUGGUACCUUCAGGAGGUUAUUUUCACGAGCCGUUCAUCCUGGAUCUCCCACCACUGCAGAUAUGCCCAGCUGGGAGAACGGGAAUGCAGUCUAGACGGUAUCCCCACUCUUUGGUGGCUUUUAUUCGUACAUACCAAUUGAAUCGUGCAAACAAGCAUCUCGUCUGUCAUUGAUAAGCUCUUAGCAUAAUGCUCCCUCUGUGUACAAUGUAUAGUAUACCUGACCUGAUUGUGUAAAUAGCUGGAGCAUGGUCCACCGGCUGUUAUUCUGAUAUGAAGUCUCUCUGCUAAAGACAGAAGACCCGACCAUUGUACUGAAAGGGUUUAGAUUUAUUCCCUGAGAUCUGUUAUCAUUUAUACAACCAUCCUAACUGUGUGUAUGAGAUUUUGUCUGAAUUACUACACUACAUAUCAAUGAAAGUAUCAACUUUGCAUA